AUGUUUACCGUCGACGGAAGCGAAAGGAAACGCAAGCCAUCCGACCUUAACCUCGAGAGCUCACCACCGUCAAAGCACGUUAAAACCGAAGGCGGAACAAUGUCUGCCGGCUCUCCAAGCGGUCUGUUGCCCCGCCAAGCGCUGCAGCAACUUGUUAGUCUGCAGCCAUCUAUGGGCGAUGAACAAAAGACGAAGUAUAUGAAUGCGCUUGAUCAGUUGAGGGGCAUUGUGGAGAAAAGCGGACCUAGUACCUCCGAAGGUCAGCAAGCGCAGACUAGAUAUGACCAGAUCGUCAAUCGCCUUAAGGUGUCACUACGGCAGCAGCAGGCACAGCAGAAACAGCGCGAGGCACAGCAACAGCAGCAAGUUCAACAACAGCAAUUACAACAGCAGCAGUUACAACAGCAGCAAUUACAACAGCAACAGCAGAACUAUAGCGCACCAGCUGGAGGUUCUUUGGCAAGUGUUGCAGGUGGCAAUGGAACGACAAUCGGCGGGGGAACGAGUGUCGGAAGUGCCGUUGGUGCUGGGCCCGCUGCCGCUGGGGCUCCGGUGGCGCCGUCGAUAUCCCAAAGGCAAUCGUGGAUAGUUCCUCCGGGGAUUCCCCAGCAAAAGGCGGAUGCUUGGCGGGCAGAAAUUGCCGGCAAGCUAUCGCAGGUUGGACAAAAAAUGAGUCAUUCAAAGGCCCAAAUUACUGUUCUACACCAAAGCCUCCAGCGACCAAACCUUACGUCCGAAGAGCAGGCAGGAAUUCAAAAGAAGAUUGCCGAAGUGACCCAAAGUUUCAAUGGAUGUAGAGAAUUUCUCAAUAAAUUCACCACCCAACAGAAGCUGCUCCAACAACAGAACCAGAUGAGAGUUAGCCAGCAGCAACAGGGCCAAGUUUCGAUGGCUGGGAGUGGGCAAAUGCAGAAACCCGCCCCUCAAAGCAUGGUUCCGGAGAUACAGCAAGGGCAACAGGGAACGAUGAACAUUGGAGCUCCGCAGCAACAAACAAAUUCUGGUAAUAUCCAGGGGAACCCACCGAAUCUACACCCGCCGCCUGCCCAACAGCCAAACCAAAUGCAGCAACAUACGCAACAGCACGCGCAACAGCAGCAACAUCAGAGUACCCCCGCGCAAAGAAUUGCAACUCCUAUACAACGAGCAGAUUCACCUCCGGGCCCUAGUAAUAAUGUCACUGGAAUAAACCAGAAUCGUGUUUCUGCUGGUCGACAAACAAUGUCUCCUGCAGCUCAACAACCCCCAAUGCAACAACAGCCACAGCAAACGAUAGGUCAAGCCUCAACAGUCCAACAGCAACCCGCUACACAGCAGGCUACACAGCAGGCCACACAGCAAGCGUCUGCCGCAGCCCAACGUGGCCUCCAACAAGCUCAGCAACCCGGAGCUGCUGCGGGGCGGUCCCCAGCGCCCGGGCCAGCUGGCCCACCCGGGACCCCGAUAGCCCAGCCUAACUCGCCCGCCCCUCGCCCCGGCUCUGUGCAACCGGCAGCCCGUCCACCCACGGCCACGGGAACACCUGUCACUCAACAGCAGCCACAGACACCGCAAGUACAGCAAGCACAGCAACCGCCGCGCAUCCAACCAGCGUCGUCCGCGUCAGCUGCAUCCCCUACGACUAGCGUUCACCCAGCUCAUACUGCCCGUGAUACUCCUCAGGAAAACCGCCCUCCCAUUCCUAAAAACCUUGCUCUCGCUGCUCCGCAACCUAUCGCCAUUCCCGCCGCUAGGCCAACCUUAAGUGGUGGUAUGAAUAGCUCCGGCAAUCAGAUGAUGAGUACUCCCGCUAUUACCAAGCAGCCCGCAUUUGAAUUUGAUGAGGGAGGCAUGGGCUUGUUGAGUAAGAGAAAGUUGGAAGAACUUGUGAAGCAGAUCGAUCCGGAGGAGAGAUUGGAUCCCGAUGUUGAAGAGGUACGUUAUCUCUAAAUUAAUCUCACCUUGUAAAGUUUUUCUAUGCGCUUCGGGAUUUGGCAUUUCAGAGAUUCCCGCACGGCGCUCAAUAUGUACUUCGCUGUACCAUGUGCUACAGACUCCCUAUAAAUCACUUCCCCAGCUUGUCGCAUUAGCCCACGGGGCCUCGUUGUCAUUUACCAACCUCCGUACUAACUAAAUUGACUUAGGCCGUUCUUGAACUCGUCGACGAGUUCAUCGAUUCGAUUGCUACCUCAGCCUGCAAAAUGGCUAAACUCCGCGGUUCCGACACUCUGGAUCUUAAGGACGUCCAAAUAAUUCUUGAGCGCAACUGGAAUAUUCGCAUUCCCGGCUACGCGGCCGACGAAAUCCGUACUGUCCGGAAAUUCCAUCCAGCCCCUGGGUACCACCACAAGAUGGCCGCACUAGCUGCCCAGAAGCAGUUGGCCCAGACUUCCGGAAAAGGUGGAGAAUAAAAGGAAGUGGGGUGUUGGAAAUCAUCACAGCAUUUAUUGGGUUUCGUUUUUUUUCUUUUUCUCCACAUUUCCUCCUAGUUUCUUCCCCCAUAUCCGAAAAUGAGAAACUUUACACCAUUUUCCUUUCCCUUUUCUUUUUUAUGAGAGCAUGUGAAGGUUGUGAGUGAGGAUAGAUGCGUCUCCCUUUUCGCUAAUUAUGUAUUUUUUUGCGCUUUUUUUUAUCAAAAAAAAGAGCAGUCUGAGGAGAAGAGCUUUACCCCUCUCCUUUUCAAAGUCAAAACUUACUUGGUUGGACUUUACUCUACCCCUAUCUCUGUUUGUUACUGUUCUGGUGUUGUUCCGGUCGCAAGCUGGGGUUAUGCUUCGUUAUCCAAAUACAGUGUACGGCUUAGGUCUUUUUUCCCUUAUCAUAUUAUACUCUUUUCUCUAUGUUUGAUGUCCUUCUGUUCUAUUCGCUCCAUACCCAUUUUCGGGUUUAGGUUGGGGGUAUCCCUUUUUUUCUUCCCUCGUCUUUCGCCCCACCCUCACGAUGCACGCUUUCUUUUCAUGGAUGGUUGUACUGUACUACCGUAGCGCAGUACAAUAGUCUAGUGUCUGACGGGACAACGUCGUAUCUGCCAGGUAAACUAUAAUACGGUAGAUGUAUUAGUAAUUAUGGUGUGGGACAUCUGUAGCCGGAGCAGGCUGACAUUCGUCAUGGCUUAGUAAUAAUAUGUUAAUAUGCCCAGCAUUGGACUUAAUAGAGGUUAAUAGAUUGACAAAGACCAUUAACUGUCUGCGCCAAGGAAAUUAACAGUAAUUAACGUUCCCCGGACAUUCCCCUUCUCUCGCCAAAAAUUCACCUAGUUUUAAACCCUGAUAACUUCGUGAAAACCCGAGAUAUCUCUAUUCUCUCUCUAUUCGUGCGUGGGGGGUCACCCGCUAUGCCGUCUAAUAGAGGCGUGAUUCCCAUCGGAGCGGUUGUCGAAGAACCUUUGGGGGCUUGAAGUUGCGCGGUAGUUUCAUGGCAAAACCGCUCCGGCCGCAGAAGUCCGCCACCAUAUAUAUUCCGGUACACAGGUACCUUCUCUGCGCGAGUUCGUCCGCGAAUCGCUGUCGUGGUGUCAUGUCCAUCAUACCGGUGGCAUAGCUGCUGUGCUCGCUCGUUCCCGGUGGUGGGUGAACACGUGAAAGGGUCGAGUUACUAUUUAUUAUUUCACCCCGUUCAGUCGUGAAACCGGCGUGUCUGGCGAUGUGACCGGGCCAAGACCCAAGUGAAGACAGGUGGUACGGGUAUAUGGAGGUUGAUCGGAUACGGUAUAUGCAUUACCGGUACCGAUAGUGCAU